AUCCCCUCAUCUAACCACAUCGAUACUCACCCAACAACCCUAACUAGCAUGCCACCCCCACAGCCACCACCAACUCCUCCUCCCAACCCUACUUCACCUCCCCCGACCAACCCCGCCCAAGCCACCAUCACAGCAUUCUGGGACAAAUUCCUCGCCAAAACCCCCGGCAAAGUGACCACCAUCCUUCCCGACACCCUCUGGACCGAUCUCCGGCCCUCGCAACCGCAACCCAACCGCCCCUCCACCCCGCGCAACGCGGCGGAGAGCUACGAGGCGGCCGCCCGGACCUGUCGCGCCGAGGUGCAGCGGAUUGUGCGCGAGUGUCGACGCGUGAACGAGAAGUUCACCGACCCGGAGUUCGAUCUCGAGUAUGAUCGCGAGUUGGGGUGGUGGAAUUGUCUGCGCGGGUUGAUCCGCGAGGAGGAUGAGGAUGAGGAUUCGCGUAGUGAUAGUGAUAGUAGUGAUCGGGAGGGGAUCGGAGGGACGAGGGAGGGUGUGUUUGGGGCGAGGAGGAGGAGAGGCGUAAAGGUGCGGACUGGCAGUGGCAGUGGUAGGCCGCGAUGGGGUGAACGGGGGAAUGCGCAAUCCCAUGCCUUAACCUCCUCCUCAUCCUCCUCCUCCUCCUCCUCCUCCUCCUCCGACAACACCCAGGGCGGCGUGCCCGGAUCCGUCCACCGCGUCGACUGGAUCUUCCCCCAUCCCCGCUUCACCAUCAACGGCUACAACACCACAGACAUCAAACAGGGCGCCAACGGGGACUGCUGGUGGCUGGCGGCCGUCGCCACGAUCUGCAACCGGCCCGACCUGAUGGAUCGGGUGUGUCUGGCGCGCGACGAGGAGUGCGGGGUGUACGGGUUCGUCUUCUUCCGCGACGGGGAGUGGGUGUCGACGGUGGUGGACGACAACCUCUACCUCUCGGUUGCGGACUUUGACUUCUACGGGGACCGCUACGACAGCACCGGCCGGCGGGCGCGACAGCACCGGCAGCGCCAUCAGACCGGGUCCGAGGCGCUGUAUUUCGCCCAAUGCGUCGACGAGAACGAGACCUGGUUGCCGCUGCUGGAGAAGGCGUAUGCCAAGGUGCAUGGGGAUUAUGAGGCGCUGUCCGGCGGGUGGUCCGGGGAGGCGGUGGAGGAUAUGACCGGGGGGGUGACGACGACGAUUGCCACGAAUAAAGUGCUGAACAAGGGGCGAUUGUGGAGGGAGUUGGUGAACGCAGAUGGCAAUUUUGUCUUUGCGGCGUCGGCGCUGGGGUCCGGGCGGGAUCGGACGAGGGGGGGGUUGGCGCUGGGACACGCUUAUUCGAUCCUACGCGCGACGGAGGAGGAGGAUGAGGAGGGGAAUCCAGUGCGUCUGGUGUUGGUUCGGAAUCCAUGGGGUGAGAGGGACACCGGUGGGAUUGGGGAGUGGAACGGGCCCUGGAGCGAUGGCUCUCGCGAGUGGACCCCGUACUGGCUCGAGAAGCUGCAGCAUCGAUUCGGAGACGACGGGAUGUUCUGGAUGACCUACGAGGACCUGCUCUCCAUCUUUGUCUUCCUGCACCGCACGCGCAUCUUCGACGAGACCUGGACGGUGGUCCAGCGGUGGACGAGCGUCAGGGUGCCCUGGCUCGAGGGCUACCUCCAACCCAAGUUUGUGGUGGGGAUCACGAAACCUGGUCCCGUCGUGUUCGUGCUCUCGGAAGCUGAUAAGCGUUAUCUGCGAGGUCUGGAAGGGCAGUACGAAUAUGCCCUACACUUCCUGCUGCAGGAGGAGAAUGCGAAGCCAGAAGAACACCUGCUGUCGGUGCGCCCGGUGCAAUGCCAGGACAAUCGUUCGAUCAGUGCAGAGGUGGAGUUGCAGCCGGGGCGAUACGAAGUCCUGAUCAAGAUCGUGGCAAGCAGAGACGCCAAAGCGAGAAAAGUGGAGGAUGUGGUCAAGAAGUGGGUGGAAAAGAACCCGCAGAAGCUCAAACAAGUCGCCAUGAACUACGAUCGCGUCAAUGCCAAGGCCCCGUUGGAAGCGAGACCAGUGAAAGGCAAGGGUGAGGCUGUCCAGGGUGAAUCUGCAAAGGUGGAACCCGCAAGAGAUGAUUCUGCACAGAAAGAGAAAGCCAUUGCGCUACACCCCACAGUCGACACGCCGAGUCCAGAUCCUCCACAGGCCACCCAAGCAGCCUUUGCCUCGCACCCACAGGACGAGCAUCACAAAGAGACCGAAGUUGUCGUCAAUGAACAUGAGGCAGAAAAUCAUCAGAACCAGAAUAAGCAUAAGCAGCAACAUCAGGAUGAGGACAAAAAUGAGGAUAAGAAAGAUCACGGCGAGGAUAAGCAAGACAGCGAUAAAGGGGGCGAUGACAAGAAGCACGAUGGCAAGCUGGACCGAGAGCAGAAACAUGAUGACCAGAAGGACAGCGAGAAAAAGGACCAGAGCCAGGAAGAAGCCAAAGAUGCGGCCUCAGCAUGGAACGCAGUCUGCGUGCUGGGCUUGCGGAUUUAUGCUCAGGAUCCCCAAGUUAGCAUUGAGCUGGUCCUGUAGCACUCACUGCUUUGCCUCAUCGAGCACGGCUUACGUUCAAGUAAAGAAGCAAAUAUCAUUAAUAGCACGGAAUUUGAAUGACUUGACAGUGAACAAGCAACCGUGCAUGUCUGUGGUAAUGACAGAAUCUCGGAUUGUAAU